CUCGAUCCCAGGACAAGUUGUCUCUUUUUGAAUAUCGGACGGCGAGACGAACAUGGCCCUGGUGGAGGCUGGUCAAAAAUCUUUGAUUUUCGCAGAUUUUUAAUUAAUGCACUCGUGUCUCGUUUAUCAGGAAUUUUAUACUUCCUAGUCUUUGGUAAGCGAGUUUCAAUUUAAUUAUUAGGGUCUGGAUUUUAUCGUGAUCGAUGGAAAUAGAACUUUUUAGUGAAGACUGGACCUUGAAGGCUUUAGGUCGUGAUGGCUCUAACGUAUAUUGAUAUUUUAAAGCGAAUAUCUUUCGCAUUAAAUAAUUACAUUUUUCAGUUUUGCCUGAAACCAAAGCAAGUCAUAUGUUUGGAAGCUUUGUUAAAGGGGAAUGAUGUGGUGGCAGUUCUGCCUACUGGAUUUGGAAAAUCAAUUAUUUUUCAUUUACUUGCUGAUCUGUUCCCAGUUAAAAAUGAAAAGAAUAUUGUUUUGGUCAUCAGCCCUUUAACUUCCAUUAUAAAUGAUCAGGUGAAAUACUUGAAUGGGAUUGGUUUUUCUGCUGCUGUAUUGAACUUGGAACAGAGGAAGUUUGAGGCAGAUGAGAGCUUGUUUGGAAGUAAUGAUGCAGUGGAGGACGACCAUGAUGGUACAAAUAUUACAAUUGAUUGUGGUAUUAAAAACGGAGAUAUUAAGAUUUUAUUUGCCCAUCCAGAAUCCUUUUUAUCUGAUCAAGGGCGUUCAAUUUUAAAGAGCAAAAUUUAUCAACAAAAUGUGGUAGCUUGCGUGGUUGAUGAAGCGCAUUGUGUUGAAAUGUGGGGUGCUGAAUUUCGUGAAGAUUUUGGAAAAUUAUGCACACUGAAAGCUCUUUUUCCAAGCACACCCAUGAUUGCUUUGACAGCAACUGCACCCCCAAGCAAAAUAAAAAAUUUAAAAGAGAAACUAUGUUUCAGUCCUUAUUGUAAGGUUGUUGUUGCAAAUCCAAAUAGAAAAAAUAUAUUUUUAAAGAAAUUGCCAAGACGCGGAAACAACUUUGGCUUAAGAAGCUAUAACGAUAUUUUAGUUCCCAUUGCUAAAGAGUUAAAUAAAUUACGGGAUGAUUAUCCCAUGACAAUCAUUUACAUGAAGCUAAAAUAUUGUGGCUAUGCUUAUUCGUUAUUUCAGCAAACAGUAACUCCAAAUAACACAAAACUAUUUUGUCAAUUUCAUGCUCCUCAAACGUCUAGAAUGAAGAAAGAAAUCUUAGAUGAAAUUACAAAACAAGAUUCGUCUAUUAGAGUUGUGUUUGCAACCACAGCACUCGGGAGGGUGUUAAUGCACCAAAGGUUACUGAAGUUAUCCACAUAACGCCUCCAGCCAAUAUUGAAUCUUAAAUGCAAGAAAUUGGUAGAGCUGGAAGGCGUGGGCAAAACUCAACUGCAACAUUGUAUUACAAUAAUGCAGAUAUUGCUGUUAAUAAAAAUAAUGUUGACGAUAGCAUGAAGUGCUUCUGCAAAACAGAUCUGUGCUUAAGGAAAUUUAUUCUAAAUUUCUUUGGUUUUAAAAAAUAUGAACAAGAUAAUUGUUGCUCAAAUUGUACAAAGUCUAAUUUGCUGAUAAAAGAAACAACAUUACCUUGCCGUGAUUUAGUAUCAGAAGAUGCUUUUAAAUGCUUACAAACUGAGCUGAAAGAAAUUAUUGAAACUUGGAGACUUUCGCUAUUGACUACCCUUGAUCAAACUUAUGAACUUCCAUCUAUCAAUAAAAAUUUGGUUCAAACACUAUUGAGUAAACUUCCAUUUAUAAGAUCUAAAAAUGAUCUGUUAUUUGAAUAUGAUGUUUGGGAUGAUCAAUAUGCUACCACCAUAUACGAUAAAAUAAAUAAGUAUGCCCCAAAGCAUAAAUAAUUUAGGUAUAUAUAUAAAUAUAUAUAAACAAACUUUAAAAUAUAUAGUAUAUAAUAUUCACUUCUGAUAAAACAAACUUGUAAGAUUAAAAGCACUCAGUAGACAGAAUUUAAAAAAGUUCUACUUUUUCUGGAGGUUUGAAUUAUCAGCAGUCAAUGUUAGCAUAAAUAAUAUAUAUACGUUUAUGGAACUCACCUUGAUAUAACAGAUUCUUACUUUAUAAAAUCCUAGGGAACAUAUAGCUGUAAUUUAUGUUUUUCUAACCAUUUUUGAUGUUCUACAAUAUUCAAGUAACGUAGUGGGGAACGUUUAAUAUCAGGAAAACUUUGAUGAGCUCUUCCAACAAUGUGGCUAAAUGGGCGAAGAUUAAGCAGGUCGUUUGUCAUCUCUUUUUCAUCAGAUAUGGACUCUCGUUUAGAGUGUUGGACCGAUGUAUCAUGAAUAUUUAGGUUUUGAUCAUAAUUUUCUUUGAUUUCUUUUACACCGUUCACAGCCUUGCACACUUUGCUAAUGGAUUUUAUUGUUUUAUUUGCUCCCAUUCUUUGCACGAUUUGUUUUCCUAAACGAUUACUGAUUUCUUGUGAUAGAUCAUCUUCAAUGUUUUGCCCUGCUCCACCUCUCCAAUUUGAAAAGUAUCCCCAUUUGAACUCCUCAGACAAUCUAGGUGUCAACAAGCAUUCUACUUGUGCAAUGCUUACAAACAUCUCUAUCGCAUAUUUACUGUAUGCACCAAGUGAUCGAAAUAUUGACAACAAAAGCUUUUGAUUGAUGAGGUUUCUGUCACCAUCUCCUUCUUUAGCUGUAUCUUUCAUCUGAAGGAUGAGGACUGUUAAGAAAAUGAUACACAGACCGUAAUUUUUCACUUGAUCACCAUCUUCAAUUGAUUUUUGGAGAACAAAUUGAUCGACAAAAUUAUCCAGUAAAGUGUUAAAAUAUUCUUUUUUUACCUCUUUGCUAGCAUGCACCAAAUUUUUAGGAAAGGGAUGUCUUUUUGGUUCAUCUUCCAAUGUAUCCAUCUCCAAAAAAGACAUUGCUGCUACAACAACAUAUGCUCUACCAACACUUAAAAACAGAUCUUCACUACCUUCGUAUGAGUCUAACACUUUACCUGGGGUUGAAUUCCUUCUAUUCAUUUUCUCCCUGAAAUACUUCAGUGUUCCUAUCUGGUUGACAGAGUUUGCUGAGUAAAGCAGAACAAAUGAAUAUUGAAGUAAAGAUGCCUUACAGUGCCACAUUGCAGCUUUGAAAGGGGAACAAUGCUCCAACCGGUCUGUUGGUGUGUGAUUCCCAGCUAAUAGGGAUUUCGCACCAGCGAAACGGACUCGUGUCAGCUGAUCACCACUAAACAUUAUUUUUAUGUCCUUCAUUGGAUCUUCGUUGGUAAACACAGUAUGAGAAUAUGAUUGACCUGGCUCAGCUGUGUUUUCAGGUAAUGGUGUAUUGUCGAUAAUUGGCAUGUCAGUCAGUUUACCAGCCUUUUGGUAUAUCUCUGCAAUCCAUUUCUCAUAUGUUCGCAGGAUCUCGACACAAUCUGCAUACCUUGCUUCAUUUGCAUCAAUGAUCGGCAUUGAAAUUAUUGUUGACUUUUGGGACAUUUUGUCACUAAAUCUGUUGUCAAUAUGAUCUGGGAUUACUUUUUUUAAAAAUUUAAAUUUUGGGAAAAA